AUGCCCAGACUGGAAGAAAUUGACGAUUACAAUGAUGUCGAUGAUCUCGAUAUGGAUUUGGCCGAGUUAGAUCCCUCUUUGAGGACACCGAUUGCUCCGAAGAUAACGACUACAGUGGUAAGAAGUCAAGACCAAGAAAGUCCUGCUCUUUUUCCCGAAAUGAAUAGUAAUAGCAAUGACAAUAACAACAGCAAUAGCAGUGAAAAGGAGCAACUGAGUUUCAUCAAUCCUAAAACCGGUAAGGUUGAACGUUCUGAGACGAUCUCUAGGAAAGAUCUAGAAGAAGUUAAAAGAUUUCAGAUACUCUACCCUUGCUACUUUGAUGUAAACAGAUCACACAAAGAAGGUAGAAGAGUUCCUAAGGAUUUGGCUGUUGAGAACCCUUUGGCAAAAACUAUGGCAGAUGCCGUCCGCGAAUUAGGAAUAUUGUGCAUUUUCGAAGGUGAAAAAUGUCAUCCGCAGGACUUUGGUAAUCCUGGUAGAGUCCGUGUACUCUUCAAAGAAAAUGGACAAUUGGUUGGUGCAGCCACUACAUUCAAAGGCGGUAAGAGGCAAUUGAUCAAAGCAGUUGGGGAGUACAUGAAAAAACAUCCAACAACUAUUGAAUCUCUGAGGGAAAUUCCAUAUGGUCCUGAUUUCGACAACAUUGAAUUUAAAGAAAUCCCUCGUGUAAAGGGCUUCAAAAUGAACGUAAUUGUUCCACUGCAUAGUCCAUUUUUAAUGGGUCAUCCAAUGACAAAAUCUGUUUACGAAACUCCCAAGAUUACCGCAGCAGAAAAGUCGUUUAAGGCCCCAAAAAAUAAAUACAAAGUUGUGAGGAGGUGA